AUCUUUAUAUUCGGAACAAAAUUUGAAUGAAAUUUUAAUCGAAAAAUUUCCCAUAAAUCAUCUAAUGAAUUUAAAUAAUUUUCAAUUUAUUAAAAAAAAUUCUAAUCGUUGCCAAAAUCUUUCUCAAUUAUCAUCAACCGAAUCGAAUAGUUUUUUAAAUCUAGUCAUUAUUAUUCAUUCGGCUGUACAGAAUUUUCAUCAUCGUCAAAUUAUUCGUGAAACUUGGGGAAAAAUCCAACCAAUUGAUUUCAAUGAUCAUAAUCAUCGACAACAAAAAGCCAAUAUUAUUUAUGUGUUCAUAUUAGGAGCUACAAAUUCAUCUCAACUACAGAAUCAUUUGAAUGAAGAAUUUGAAAAUUAUCAUGAUUUAGUUCAAUCAAAUUUUAUUGAUCAUUAUCAAAAUCUGACUUAUAAACAUGUUUCAAGUCUUCGUUGGGCAAUCGAAUAUUGUUAUCAUGUUGAUUUUAUUAUCAAAAUUGAUGAUGAUGCUUAUUUAAAUUUAUAUACUGUGAUAGAAUCAUUGAUAAAUUAUAAAAAUCAUUUAAUUACCGAUCGAAAUAUUUUACGUGCAAAAAAUCUACUUGCAUGUAGUGUAUUUCCUUCGAAUACAAAACCUAAACGUCAUGGAAAAUGGUCAUUAUCAUUGGAAUCAUAUCCCGAUAAAACAUUUCCAUCAUAUUGUUCAGGUGUUGGUUAUGUUAUAACACCGGAUUUAGCAUUUGAUUUAUUUGAAGCAGCACAAAAUGCUCAUACUUUUAUACCGUAUAUCAGUAUCGAUGAUGUUUAUAUAACAGGGUUAUUAAUGGAAACUUUACAGCCAUCAAUUCAACCAGUGCCAUUAAAUUCAUUAUAUGUUUAUAAUGUACAAAAACUUCGUAAUUGGUUACGAAAUUCGGAUGAUAUUGUUUGUCCAAAUCCAUAUUGGAUAGGUGAUAUUGGAAAUGAAUCGAAUCGUGAACAAUUAAUAAGAAAAUUAUGGCAAAAAACUAAAAUUGCAUGGCAAAAUUAUCAACAAAAUCGAUGUAAUUAGA